AUGGGGGACCCCCUCCGGGAUGAGCCCCCGGGGCGUGUACAGCCCCGCCCUGACACGUGGCUUGGACGGCAGGGCUACAAGGUGUAUCUGGGCACCCGUGAGCCCAUCUCCUCCAACCGUGCCGGACAUGUCCGCCGCCCACCGGACAGAUCGCCGCCGCCGCCCGCAACCAACGGGGGCCUGCCACAUGGCGCGCCCACCGCCCCCGCGCCGCCGGCCCGCCAGGCCCGGUGCGAGCCCCACCGAAGCCCGCAGCGCUCGUGCCGCCCAUCGCCUUCCCCGCCGUCCGUCUCCGCCGCGAGGCGCCUCCCGCGCCCGUCCGAUCGCUGCCUCGCCGGCGCGCCGCCGAUCUCCUCCUCCGCCCAGCUCCACCUCGCGCCGGCGCCCCGCUACGCCCCGGACCUCCGCCUCCACGCCCCGCUCCGGUCGCCCCGCGCCCGACCCCAGCGCCGCCCGGCUUCCUCCGCCCGUCCGCCGGUCGACCCGCGCCUCCCGUCGCCGUCUUCCCGCCGCCUCGCCGGCGUCCUGCCGCGUCCUCCACGCCUCGCCGGAGCCCGCGCCGGCCAGAUCUGGCCAAGUUGGACCAGAUCCACCAGGACGCCCAACCAAACGGCACCCCGAUCCCGGAUCUCCCCGUCCUGCUUCGUCCCGUCCAGAUUUUCGGAGUGGUAA